GAGCGUGUGUCUGUGUGGAUAAUACAAAGAAGGCGCGCGUUGUCAGAGAAGCAGUGCAUUUUUUUAUUUAAUCCAAAUGCCGGCAAUUCACGUUAUCAAAGUUCAAACGUGGUGAAAACAAUUUUUUUUCUUGUAUUUCAACAGUAAACCAGGAUAAUUGUCAAUUAUAUGAAGAAUGUCGGGCCAAGAGCGAUCACUGAAGUCACGGUCAACAGCAUCAAGUCCACAUCGUUAUGAACAUAGAAGUGAAAUCGAUCAUUCGUAUUCUCAUUCCCGCACGCAGUAUCAAAGUACAUCAUCGAAACAAUGCUAUUCAGAAACGAAUCAGGGGGAAACUUUGAUCGCCGGCCAAAGAAAUGCAUUGCCAAACUUAAACAUGUCGGUCAAAAUGAAAUUGAAACGGAAGAUUUCAGGAAUUUUGACUGACUUUAAGGUAAACGCCGGAAUAAAUGAAAGAAUGACCACAUUGAUUGUGAAAGAGGUCGAGAAAUAUUGUUAUUAUCAAUGUAAUGAUAAAAAAGCAACAUCUCAACCGACAACCAGCAAAACAACCACCGAUAUCACCAAAACGUAUUCAUUAUUGACAGCAAAAACAAGUGUACAACAACAGACAACGUCAACAUCGAAAACCGUCUAUUUUACGCCAAAAACCACCAACAAAGUGGCCGCACCGAAGAAAAUUGUCAAUCGUGUGGUUGAAAGUGUAAAAGGUCAAGGUAAAAAUGCAUCGAAACUGCAAAGGGAACUCUUGGCUUUGGUCACAUACAGCGAUGGAUUUGUUGUUUCACCACCCAGCGAAAACAAGCGCACUCCGAAAAGAAUUUCACGUUAUGAUGAUAUUCAUUUUAAGAUUCAAACACGUCAAACACGCCAAACACGGCAAUCUUCAAAUUAUCGUCAAUCGAUCGACACCGUUCAAAAAAGAACCAUCCAAAGGGAACGUUGUCCAAGAAUGCAAUUGGCUGGUCAAAAUGUCAAAAAAUUAAUAUCGUCAUCGGUGGAACGUACUGUUGCACGUACUGUCACAAUAACAUCAUCGGCUUCAAAGGUUGAAUCGGUUAAGAUGUCACAGAAAACAACGACAACAGCAACACCGACUCGAGAAUCUGGAAAUUUCAAGCACCUGAAUGUCACAAUUACUCAUUUACCAUUAAUGGAAAUUAAACUAGAGCCAAAUGAGUAAUAUCUCUCAAUCAAAAUUUUAAGUUUACAAACAAAAUACCUCAUUUAUCAUAAACUUUUGUUUCAUCAUUUUUUUUUUUUAUUUAUAAGAAAACAUAUUGAAUAUGUUUGAAACGUUUGAAACACUCAAACUCGCCAAAUUAAUAAAGUCGUAAGAUAACUUAAAGAUGAAGCAAAAUUUUCAAAAUAAAAAUUGAUUAAAUUGAUUGACCACCAUGGAAACACAGAAAAA